CCCGGGUUCUGCGCGCUCUUCGGCUGCAGCUCUCUCCGGGCGAAGCUGGGAAUUGGGUGGGAUUAUACGGAGCAGCCCCGCCGUCGCCGCUAGCAGAGCCCGGCUUGGAGAGGGCGGGGGUUCCCCUCCGUCAGCAGCGCCCGGCACCCCCAGCCUCGUCGCGCUCUCCGCCUCGCUCUCCCCGGCGUGGGGCCGGGAGAAGCCGGUAGCAUCGGGAGCCUCCCGCCCAGGGCGCCGUGGUCCGCGCCCCGCGCCCGCAGCCCCCAGCCCGGCCCCGGAGGGGCGUCCCCUCCCCUCCCCCCUUCGACGCGCGGGGGCCCGGCCAGUUUCCGCCCUCCGGGGGCUGCGAGACCGGCCCCGGCCGCGGGUAGCUCCAACCAUGGGCUCGGGGCGCGUGCCUGGGCUCUGCCUGCUCGUCCUGCUGGUCCACGCCCGUGCCGCCCAGCACAGCAAAGCCGCGCAAGAUGUGGAUGAGUGUGUGGAGGGGACUGACAACUGCCACAUUGACGCUAUCUGCCAGAACACCCCACGGUCCUACAAGUGCAUCUGCAAGUCUGGCUACACGGGGGAUGGUAAACACUGCAAAGAUGUAGAUGAGUGUGAACGGGAGGAUAAUGCAGGUUGUGUGCACGACUGUGUCAACAUCCCUGGCAAUUACCGAUGUACCUGCUAUGACGGAUUCCACCUGGCACAUGAUGGACACAACUGUCUGGAUGUGGACGAGUGUGCCGAGGGCAAUGGUGGCUGCCAGCAGAGCUGUGUCAACAUGAUGGGCAGCUAUGAGUGCCACUGCCGCGAAGGCUUCUUCCUCAGCGACAAUCAGCACACCUGCAUCCAGCGGCCAGAAGAAGGAAUGAACUGCAUGAACAAGAACCAUGGCUGUGCUCACAUUUGCCGGGAGACCCCCAAAGGAGGCAUCGCCUGUGAAUGCCGCCCUGGCUUCGAGCUCACCAAGAACCAGCGGGACUGUAAAUUGACGUGCAACUAUGGUAAUGGUGGCUGCCAGCAUACGUGUGAUGACACAGAGCAGGGUCCCCGGUGCGGCUGCCAUGUCAAGUUUGUGCUCCACACGGACGGGAAGACAUGCAUCGGGGAAAGGCGGCUAGAGCAGCACAUCCCCACUCAGGCCGUUUCUAAUGAGACCUGUGCUGUCAACAACGGGGGCUGUGACAGCAAGUGCCACGACGCAGCCACCGGCGUCCACUGCAGCUGCCCCGUGGGCUUCAUGCUGCAGCCAGACAGGAAGACCUGUAAAGACAUAGACGAGUGCCGCUUGAACAAUGGGGGCUGUGACCACAUUUGCCGCAACACAGUGGGCAGCUUUGAGUGCAGCUGCAAGAAGGGCUAUAAACUCCUCAUCAAUGAGAGGAGCUGCCAGGAUAUAGACGAGUGUUCCUUUGAUCGAACCUGUGAUCACAUAUGUGUCAACACGCCGGGAAGCUUCCAGUGCCUCUGCCAUCAUGGCUAUCUGCUCUAUGGUGUCACCCACUGUGGGGACGUGGAUGAGUGCAGCAUCAAUCGGGGAGGUUGCCGCUUCGGCUGCAUCAACACACCUGGCAGCUACCAGUGUACCUGCCCAGCAGGCCAGGGCCGGCUCCACUGGAAUGGCAAGGAUUGCACAGAGCCAGUCAAGUGUCAGAGCGGUCCUGGUGCCUCGAAAGCCAUGCUUAGCUGCAACCGGUCUGGCAAGAAGGACACCUGUGCCCUGACCUGCCCCUCCCGCGCCCGGUUUUUGCCAGAGUCUGAAAACGGCUUCACGGUGAGCUGUGGCACCCCCAGCCCCAGAGCCACUCCAGCCCGAGCUGGCCACACCGGGAACAGCACAAACUCCAACCACUGCCAUGAGGCUGCAGUGCUGUCCGUUAAACAGCGGGCCUCCUUCAAGAUCAAGGACGCCAAGUGCCGUUUGCACCUGCGAAACAAAGGCAAAAUGGAGGAGGCCGGCAGAAUGCUGGGGCCAGGUGGUGCCCCCUGCUCUGACUGCCAGGUCACCUUCAUCCACCUCAAGUGUGACUCCUCUCGGAAGGGCAAGGGCCGGCGGGCCCGGACCCCUCCAGGCAAGGAGGUCACUCGGCUCACCCUGGAACUGGAGGCAGAGGUCAGAGCCGAAGAAACCACAGCUGGCUGUGGGCUACCCUGCCUCCGACAGCGGAUGGAACGGAGGCUGAAAGGGUCCCUGAAGAUGCUUAGAAAGUCCAUUAACCAGGACCGCUUCCUCCUGCGCCUGGCAGGCCUUGAUUAUGAGCUGGCCCACAAGCCGGGCCCGGUAGCUGGGGAGCGAGCCGAGCUGUUGGAGGCCUGCAGACCCGGGCAGCAGCGCACUGGGGCCAAGUGUGUCAGCUGCCCGCAGGGAACGUAUUACCACGGCCAGACGGAGCAGUGUGUGCCAUGCCCAGCGGGCACCUUCCAGGAGAGAGAAGGGCAGCUCUCCUGCGACCUUUGCCCUGGGAGUGAUGCCCACGGGCCUCUUGGAGCCACCAACGUCACCACGUGUGCAGGUCAGUGCUCACCUGGCCAACACUCUGUAGAUGGGUUCAGGCCCUGCCAGCCAUGCCCACGUGGCACCUACCAACCUGAAGCAGGACGGACUCUGUGCUUCCCUUGUGGUGGGGGCCUUACCACCAAGCACGAGGGGGCCAUCUCCUUCCAAGACUGUGACACCAAAGUCCAGUGCUCCCCUGGGCACUACUACAACACGAGUACCCACCGCUGCAUCCGCUGUGCCAUGGGGUCCUAUCAGCCCGACUUCCGCCAGAACUUCUGUACCCGCUGUCCAGGAAACACAAGCACUGACUUCGAUGGCUCCACCAGUGUGGCCCAGUGCAAGAAUCGGCAGUGCGGUGGGGAGCUGGGUGAGUUCACUGGCUACAUUGAGUCCCCCAACUACCCGGGCAACUACCCGGCCGGCGUGGAGUGCGUGUGGAACAUCAACCCCCCACCCAAGCGCAAGAUCCUCAUCGUGGUGCCCGAGAUCUUCCUGCCAUCUGAGGACGAGUGUGGGGACGUCCUUGUCAUGAGAAAGAACUCCUCCCCAUCGUCCAUCACCACCUACGAGACCUGCCAGACCUACGAGCGCCCCAUUGCCUUCACAGCCCGCUCCCGGAAGCUCUGGAUCAACUUCAAGACAAGCGAGGCCAACAGCGCCCGUGGCUUCCAGAUCCCCUAUGUUACCUAUGACGAGGACUAUGAGCAGUUGGUGGAAGACAUUGUGCGAGAUGGCCGACUCUAUGCAUCUGAAAACCACCAGGAGAUUUUAAAGGACAAGAAGCUCAUCAAGGCCUUCUUUGAGGUGCUGGCCCACCCUCAGAACUACUUCAAGUACACAGAGAAGCACAAGGAGAUGCUGCCCAAAUCCUUCAUCAAGCUGCUCCGCUCCAAAGUUUCCAGCUUCCUGAGGCCCUACAAAUAGUGCCCGUAGGCCCAAGAGCCAGGUGUUGAAGACCCCAGACUCCUUACCCUCAGAGCCGGCGGCCCCCAUCCGCGGACGAGGAACUCGCUCCUCUCUCUUUGGAUAAAAAGAAUAUCACUAUACAGACCAAGAACUCUCCCUUUCUUCCUCUCUCGCUUCCUUUCCUUGUCCCUCUCUGCCUCUCUCUGUCUGUCUCUCUCUUUCCCUCUCUCCUGUUUUCCCUUUUCCUACAAGCUCCCUGGAAAAGCCAUUCAGUGCUGGCUCUAUUCCCCCUGAGGGUUGAAGGAACAGCACCCUCUCCUUCUGCUCCCCAGCCACACUGCCCAUUUCACCAGCUCACAUCCCUGACCCCAUCAGCUUGGAAGGAUGCCAGAGGCCCACCCAAAGAAGUGGGUCUAGUGGGGGACGGGGAGGGGGAAGAGGGGCUUCUGCCAUUCUAGGGUUGUGCCUUGCUAGUCAGGAGCCAGAAUGUCCCUGGCUGUGACCCCCAGGCUAUUCUAACAGCCCAGGGUUCUGCCAAAGCAGCCUUUGACUUACAAGCUUAGUGCCGGCACGGGUCAUCUGGGGCACGUGGUCCGGGCCUCGGGCUGCCCCCACACACACGGCUUCCUUGUCUCUGCAGCUCCUCUCCUUCUCCACCCACAGUCUGCCUGGGGUCCAAUCCCAGGGCUUACAAAAGGCCCACACCACUGGGCUCGUGGACACCGCUGAAUGCGGAAGAGCAGCAGGCAUUACCAUGUUGAAUGCACUGCUGUCACUCCUGGAGAGAAAGACUAGAGCUCUGCAGGGCAGAAACCAGGUUUUCAAGCAUCACCAAAAGAAAGAAAAGGAAAAAAAAAAAAGAACAAAAACGUAUCAUCUAAAGGACUAGACUACAGAACAAUUGGAAGCCAGCCUCAAACACUAAUCCCUUUUCAUGUCUUCCCUGGCCCAGCCGUCCUCUCACACACCACCCCCCCAGUGCUCCCUGGGGGAGCCCUACUCCCCAAGCUAAGUGUUGUGCUUCAAGAAACAUGGCUGCCCAGCGGAAGCCGGCCUGGGCCUUACCCUAGAGCUGUCUUUCCCUUGUAGCCACAGAUGGCUUGUGGGCUCCACCAAAGAGGACCCUGCUCGGUACCAGCCCAAAGCCACCUACCUCUGGCCCCAGGCUGUGGGCAACGAGAGGAAUGUGUGUGCACUUGGCAAGCCUUCUGCCCACAUCUAAUAAGUGCAAUCAUUUUGAGUCUUUCUAUGUUGUCUAGAGGGAGGGGUUUUUGUUUUCUGGUUUUGUUCUUUUUUGUUGUUGUUUGUUUGUUUCUUUCUCCUCUAUUAGAACAACCCUAUUUAUAGCUGCCCAAAAGAGAAGAGUAUAUGUUUGGAGUGGAAGAAAAAAGGUCUUGAAUCUCACGAACUUUGAGAGCUGGAGCAUCUGAUCUGUCUACUCCCCACCCAGUGGCCCUCAGACCUCUAGAGCCCCUGGCUUGCGUCACCCAGGGCCGUGGCUCAGAGGCACGAGACGUGUAGGACGUUAUGGCGCAGGAAGGAGAGGCCUGUGUUUGCUAUCCUGCUAUCCCUUGCCUCUCCAUGGAUUCAGCAUGGACCUCGUGAUUGUAGAGGCCGAUGGAACUGGUCAGUGAUUCUCCACCCCACAUAGGGAAAACCUCCGUCUUUCCCCUGCUUUUCAUCCUGUUUUCCCCUGCUGUGCAGAUGGAAGAGGACCAGGAUAAACCCCUUGGGGAUGGGCUGACGCACGGUCCUAAGGGCAGAGAUGAGGCUGGAGGAGCCAAGAAUAGGACUGUUAUCCACUCGUGAGGUUUUCUGCCUGAUCUUGGCCGUUCUGCCUGCCCCUACCUGUUCACCAUUCCCUCUGGGAGUUGACGUCAAGCCUAGCAUCCUCAAGUACUGCUUUUCAAAAGGAUGAAGAAUCAAGUCCAUGCCCAAGCCCAGGUCCUGCACACACUCCACCCUCAUUCUGCUGCUGCCUGUAAAAUUAUUUUCCAUUUGCUCCUUCUAGUUCCCCCAAAGCUGUAGUCCUAUUCAAUCAAAGGCUACCAAUUCACUCUUAGUGUUUAUUUCAAAGUGACUGUCCCGGGCUACUGCUCCCCCAGGAAACUCAACACUAGAUAAAGGAGCCUGACCUCCCUCCUUUCCCCAUUAGUGGCAGCCAGCAGUGAAAACAGCCUUAGGUAGAAGUAGAUAGCCCAUGUCACAGCUGGCUCCCGACACCCAUGAGCCAACACUGUGGCCCUUACGGGCAGAGUGUCUGGCUGCCUUUGUCUCUCUGGGUCAAAGGGGGUGCUGCUAUAAAGACCCAAAAUGUCUCCUUUCAAGCAGGGAAAUGGUCAUUUAAUAGAAGUAUCCACACUUCCCAGGAAAUUACAUGAAAACUGCUUUAAUCGUCUUUGACCAUCCCGUUUGUUCACCAGAAACUAGGAUAACUUUCUGAUUCCUCUCUCCCUACCAUUUUGCAUCUCUCUCAGAAAGCCAGUGCUUCCCGAUUUAUGCUUUCAGGGUCUGGCUUCUCCUUGCUCUCUUCCUCUCCUGUCACCCCAUACGUACACACACACAAACACAUUUCCUCCAUUCAUUUAUUCCAUGGUUUCUGGGACCUGCAAUGACUUCCAUAAUAUGGAAAGUACAGACCACUAGGCUUCUUCACUGAUGUCAAGGCAGAGGUUGGUGAGCAGGUGGAGACCUGCUAAUGUCCACCAAAGCCAAUUAGGUUGUCCAAGUUGGGGGUUAAGAACCCAGGCAAAGCUGCUGCUGCAACUAUGGAGGAAGCCGCCCUGGGGCAUCAAACUAGGGAUUAAAUGGACUGAAUGAGGAGUCAACACUCAGGGACUCUCUAGGCCUUUACAGGUCAGACGGAAAAAUAGGAUUUUACCAGUGUGGGGAAGUGGAAAGACAGUAUAAAUGGGACCCCUUCAUGAAAUCAGCCCAGAGGCCUCUCUGCAGGAUGGGUGUUUACAGGGCCACGGUGCUGGAAGGUUUCAUUUAUAUUAGUACAAAACCGGUCCUGAUCCGAGUCCGGGAAUGGGAAGCCAUUUCUGCAAGAGCUCUGAGCACCAAGUGAUGCAUAUCAGAAAGGCACUUAUAUCCUCAGCAACACACAAUCUCUUACUUCUCUGCCUCCCGCUUUCUGUACGAUAAGCCAUGCCCAUUCCCUAACCCGAGGGAAUCGCGGAGUCAGGAGAAACUGACCAGAGCUGGCCUGCCCGGGGCCUACAUAUCCUCAGAGGCUGACAGCGAGCUGUGACCGCUCUGACUUCCUCAGGAUUAGGUUACUUGGAGGUGAUGGAGGCUCAGAGUUAUUGCUGAAAGUUCAGUAAUACAGUUCUGGUCUUUGGCCCUAAGGAAACUUUCUAUACCCAAGAAGUGUUCUCCAGGUGCACGUUUGAGGUGACUCUGGAGUGCAUUAGGAGGUCAUAUCUCAAAAUGUCAGAAAACGUUGUCGAGCAUUCAGACUUUUGUAUUUGCUGCUUAACCUCAAGUAAGAGGCUCAAACUAAGGGGAGGAAGACAAAGUAUAAUGACUGUAGGCAGAAAAUAAUGUUAACCUGCCUGGCUCCUUUCUUAAGAACACUAAGAAAAAAGUGAAGCAAACAACACAAGGAUGUCUUUAAAUCCGACCUGUCUCCAUGGCGGCACACACCCUGUCCUCGGACCAUUGUUUGGACUAGGAACCCUUUAAGAAAAUACAUGAUUAGAGGGAAUCCCCAGUUCUGUUACCAGCUCAUCUAGACAACACAGACUAGCAGUAUGGACGAGCUGAAAACUUUAUUCUGUGUGAGUUGGACUGAAGUUUCAGAGAAUAAUCAUUAUCGUGUGGGAGGCCUUUUCUUUUCAUGCAGAAGAAAUCUCAAAAUAUUGUAUUUAUAUCUGCCUUCCACUGCUGCCAAUAUAGUAAUCAUCUCCUACACAAUCAAUAAUAAACAGUAAAUGAUGCAGUUCAUAGAAUAUUUUGCAC